GUUUGUAAUGAGAACUUUUUUGACCUAGCACUGCUGAAAAAUUUCGAUUCACACUCAAAAUCCUCGUUAAAAUAGUGAUUUUUUGUUUUUUUAAAGUGUUCCUUCAUUAGCGAGAAAAUUUACGCUCCGUGAACUAAUUAACGCUGACUAAUAUUUGGAAAUCAUUAACUGCCAAGUUUCACAGAUCGCGAAAAAUGUCGUCAUCCAGUGUAAGGAAUCGAUCUGGAGCUUCCUCAGCAGAUAGUGAUGAAACUUUAAAUAUAGAUGAUGUCUCUGCUGAAGCCAAAAAUCUCAUCGAUAAAGUGAUCAAAGAUGUAGGUAAAUCCUCUGCCUCGAAACAACUCUUGAUUGGCGGUGCAUCAGGAUGGAUGACUGGCUACCUGAUGAUGAAAGUUGGAAAGGUUGCUGCGCUGGCAGUUGGUGGUGGAAUAAUUCUCUUGCAAGUAGCCAACCAUAGUGGCUAUGUCAAAAUCAACUGGGACAAAGUUUUCAAACAAGCAGAAGAAGUAGGCAGCAGGAUUGAACAACAAUCCACUUCCAAAGGACCCAAAUUUUUAGAUAAGGUUGAGAGAUUAGUCGAUCGAAAGCUGGAUAAGGCAGAGGAACUUCUGAAGAAAAAGGAGCGGAAAGCAAAAAAAUGGUUCUACAGAACAGUGCUAGAUGAGGAGGAGCCAUUCAUGUUUGAUGAAAUUCAUGUAUUCCUUGCUUCUUUCAUGGCUGGCUUUGCCCUUGGCAUGGCCUUUGGUCUUGUCCUCCGUUAGUUACUACUAAUCAUGCUUCACAUUUUACGAUCUUAUGGCAGGAAACUUUCCUCACUAAUUUAACAUUAUGUAUUUCUUUGAUGCGUAUUUUUCAGUUUUUUCUUUUCACAAACCCCUACCAACUACAAAGUAAGCAGGUAUCAUUUAAGUCAUCAAAUUAACAAGUUUUCAACGUCACCUUACUAUUAAGCAUCAAAAGCAAUUAGGUCUAAAUACUAGUUAUACUAGAGCUGUUAUAAUGUGACACGGCUUUUUAACACACCAUUAUGUUACUAUCAUUUAUUAUUCUUAUUCUUCCGUUACCUAAAAUUUAUUCAAUUUCUGAGUCCAACACCUCGGCUUUCAAACGGUGUUAAGCGCAAGGAUCUUCCAUCCUUGUUCUCUCUCUCCUUUAGUAUGUCUUCAAACACCAAAAUUAAGCAAUGAAUGCCCACAGUAUUUUAGAUUAUAGGUAAUUUAUUCUAGUUUUUUCAAGUAUUAUAAAGCAUAACAUUUACAAGUGGAAAUCAAAAUCCUUUUCGAGUUGAACCGAAGACUAGAACUUGUAUCCGACAAGUUGGCAGUUGUUCACUUUUAACUGUCUUUGCUCAUGAUCGAUCCUCAAUUGCUAUUAGACGACUGGAGCCUAGUUACCCGCAAAUAAAAAGUAAAUGACCGCCAACUUACCUACUUGACAGAUAUUCAAGUUACGAUGAGGAACAAUUUACACCAAAGCAGUACUCUACUAAGGAAUAUCUAGAUAUAGUUUGUGGUGAUCAGUGCAAUGUGAAUACUCUACCACAAAUUGAAUGUACUUAAUUUCAUCGCUUGACUUUUUUCUUUCUACUUCCUUCAAAAAAUAGCUCGUCUAUUGGAUAUUCUUUGUUAAUUUAGUCAUGCGAGAAAAAUGUGCUCUCUCUCUGUUAGGUUGCAAAUUUUACAUUAAUUUUCUUAGGAUACACAAUGAAAAAUCAUGUAAACGUUUGCUUAUAUGUUACCUAUGCUUUUCCAGAGAUGAUAACCACAGCUAAAAUCAACUCGAAGAAAAAAAGAUGCAGCUGGUUUCAGGUUUCUCAGAAUUGGUAAAUGUAAAUCAUUUCCUAUUCUUCGAUUGAAUGAUGUAGUUGAAAAUUAAAAACUUCAGCAAUGAAUUUCUUACCCUACAUCAAGUUACAGAUGUAAAAUUCAAUAAAAUAACUAGCUUAGUCAAAUAUAGUUGCAUUAUUCUACCUGCAUCAAUUUGAAAAAGCACGAGAGACCUAUUGCAUAUUUAAGCAGUCAAAUCAACUCCAUCUGUAUAGUGUAUUUAUGUAAUGUAAAGUAUCAUGUUUGUUGAGAAUAAAAUAUGUUUUUAGAUUUUCAGAA